AUGGAGGUGACUCGGCGAUAUUGUGGCGCUCGCUGUCGGCUUGAUGCCCGAUUUCCUCCCAGAUUCCUCUCGGACCUUGACGGUUUCGGCGGCGAGUGCGGCGCAUUGCCUGUGAGCACAGCCAUCGGAUCAUUAGCAUCCCGGUUCCUGGGCCCAGUGGUAGAUCGGGAGAUGGACUUGUCGACGUCCCACGCCACGUCGCUCUUAGGUGCCCCCGCGUCCGCGUAA